AAAACCAAAAACCAGUAAAAACCUCCAUGUUUAUCUAUUUAUCAAGCUAUAAAACCAGAUACCCAGAUCCUCAUUCUCCUUCACUUUAGUCAAUAUCUAUCAAAAGAACUCGGAGGUUGAAGAAGAUUCGAGCAAAAGGGACGAUCUAAAGCGUCGGGAAAGAGACUUUUUUUGGCUUUUUCUUUUUAACUCUCUGUUGGGUUUUAGAUGGAAAAAAUGCCGGCGAGGUUCAAGAGGGUGGCGGCGGCGUUUGAUGAGGUGGUGGCGCGUGUGAAGCCGUGCGAAAGCAGUAGCGGCAGCGAGCACUCGCCGGAGGAUUCCGCCGAUCUGUUCGAUCUUGUCGAGUCGUUUAUCGAAAGAGAAGGGAAGCUAAUAAUGGAGGAAAAUAAUGGUAAUAAUGAUAAUAAGAUAAAUUCAGAAGUGAAAAAGAGGGUAAUUCGGUUAUGGAAUCUGGGGUAUUGGUCUGAUGAAGAUGGGGACACCAUGGAUACUUUGAAGAGUCUGCUUGGUUUCGAUGGUUAUGCUGGUGGUGAUGAUGAUGAGAAGCAGAAGAUUCUUGAAGACAUUACUGAAUUUGCAUGCCAUAUCAGUUCUGAUAGUCCUUCAAUUAGCUUCAAGCGUCAAUUAAUGAACCUUUUACGCCGGAAAGGAUUCGAUGCCGGGCUCUGCAAAUCAAAAUGGGAGAGAUUUGGGAGAAACCCUUCUGGGGAACACGAGUACAUAGACGUCAACAUCAAUGGAACUCGUUACAUCGUCGAAAUAUUUCUCGCUGGAGAGUUCACCAUAGCUCGACCGACGACCAAAUACCUCUCUUUACUCGGCGUUUUCCCACAGAUCUUCGUCGGAAAACCAGAAACCCUGAAGCAGAUCGUGAGGCUGAUGUGCAACGCCAUGAGAGAGUCCAUGAGAAGCAAAGGCAUGCAUGUGGCUCCGUGGAGGAGAAAUGGGUACAUGCAGGCUAAGUGGUUCAGCCAUUACCGGCGAACAGUGAAUGAAACUUCGGCGAAGUCAAUGGACGCCGGCGGAGAUGAGAAUGCUAAAAAUCGGUCUGUUGGGUUCAAUCCUUCCCGGUUGCCGGCGGGGUCUGCUAUUUCUUAUCACUGUAAGGAUGAUUUUGCGAGCCGGGUUGGGAUGAGAGUUGGUUUUCUGACUCGCGCCUUUAAUGGCGGGUCUGGUAUAAAAAUGGAGUUGUAGGAGUUCGGUGAAGAGGGUUGAUUGCUUGUACAUAGAAGAAGAAGAAGAAUUCUAAUGCAGUGGUUUUGGAGUGUUUUGGUAA